ACUUUAGUGCUGGUAGUGGAAGAGUUGGUUUAAAUACACAGUACCUACUCUUUAAUUAAAAAAGUUGACAUCUUUUCUACUCAUUCAUGCUCCAUUUUCCUGCUCAUCUUCUCUCUUUCACUGUUCAAUUCAAAUGGCAGAGCUUUCAUGUUCCAUUUAUGAAUUUGCAAGAAAUGAGAAAAUGGUAGCUCCCAAAGAUGGGAAACCCUAUGUUAGGAAUGCUGUCUUCCUGAAGCCAUGUGUAAAAAGUUUGUCACAAGCAGUAGCAGUUCCUAACACCCCUUUACUGUUUGAUAUAAUGUCUGAAAGCCUCCGAGAAUGGCCUAAAAGGCUUGAUGUCAAAGGCUUGUAUCUGCCCCAGAAAAGAUGGGAGGAAUGGAUUGAUAGGAUGGCUGGAAAAUAUGCAAGGGUUUGGUACCAAACUGGAAUUUGUGAUGCUAUCUUGUCUUCCAGAUAUGAAAUUCGAGGUAACAAGGAUUUGAUUCUGGGGUUGUUGGAAUUUUGGUGUCCAGAGACAAAUACUUUUGUUUUUCCAUGGGGGGAAGCUACUAUCACUCUUGAAGAUGUUAUGAUUCUAGGAGGGCUUUCACCUGUUGGACACCCUGUAACAAGUCCUCUGAAGGCGAAGAUGUUGAAGGCAGAGGAAGCACUGAGCCAGAAAAGGAGAAUGAUGGGUAGGAGCAGGUCCAAAAAGGCUACACAUGGUUGCUGGAUCAAACAUUUCAUGGAAGAAGAUGCGCAGCAUGAACAUGAAGCAUUCUUGUCACUCUGGUUGUCAAGGUAUGUUCUGCCUUCUCUCCCUGAGGAAGUGAUUAAGAAGCAUGUUUUUCGUGUUGCUAUUCAUUUAUCUUCUGGGAAAAGGAUAGCUCUUGCUCCUGCUGUUCUUGCAAGCCUUUACAGAAACCUAACACUGUUGAAGGAACAAGCAAUGUCCUCUUCCCUUGACAGAAUCACUGCUUCGGGGCCAUUGCAGCUACUGCAUUUGUGGGCAUUUGAAAGGUUUCCUUCUCUUGGACCUAGUAUGCUUAAUACACUCAAACCCGGAGAGCCUAGAGCUGCUCGAUUUCAUAGACUAAAUGCAAAAAUCAAUCUGCCUCUUGUUAGAUCAGUGCUUAGAUUGGCAGAUAACUUUGUGUGGCGACCUUAUGUUGUUGAUUUGAAGAAUUGGAAUCAUCCCUCCUACUACAAAGAUAACACGGAGAUAGUAUCUAGCAGUAACAACAUAGAGCUACAGCCUUUUGCUCGGUGCUUGCAGGCUUCUAUGUUAGUAGGAAUUACUUGUGAAGAAAUGUAUUUGCCACACAGAGUGGCAAUGCAGUUUGGAUAUGAUCAAGAUCUUCCAAGUGACCCUUUUGAUUAUAAUAUCUCGCACAAGAAUGUUAAAUUCAUUCUUCGGUCUCGUUCAUUUGAAGCAGGUGUAUCAGCUAGGUAUGUUAACUGGUGGAAUAAAUGUAAAUUGGCUCGAAAAGAGGCAGUGGAGGAUGUCAAAAGAAAUUGGAAGAAAAGUUCAGAAUCAGUUAUAGUCAAAAGGGUUUCAGAUAAAUAUCCUGUCAGUUUUGGGGUCUCAAGAUUGCAACCAAAAGUGAAAAUUCAAGAAUGUUAUUCCUCUUUUACAGAUAGACAUCCUCCUGCUUACUUUAAAACACAGAUGAAUGAGAUGAUGCUUGAAUGUGAGUCAAAUCAUAUUGGCAGCAAUGAAGAGAGUCAUGCCUCAGUUAUUCAUGAAUCCGAAGAUUCUAGUGAGACAGAUCACAUGCCAUUAUCACUUCGCCUGAAGCAAAUUGCAGCUGUUGAAAGGAGAAGAAUUAAACCCCAGAAACGUUUUUCUUCCUUAAGUAUUGAUGGCAGUGGGAACAAGAAAAAGUUCAGAACAGGCCUGGCGAGAGGUAAAGCAACUGUUCAUACUUUUGCUGACAACGCUAAGGAAAGGCAAAGGAAGGCUGGUGAUUUUGCCACAAAACUCAAAAGGACUGUUGAAGAAGGGGGGAAAGCUUGUGAUCAUGCUAGGAACCAUUUUGAUAUUUAUGAGCAUCAACCAAGAGUUGAUAAGAGGAAAACUGUUGAGAGAAAAGGUGAGGAAACAAUGGUUGAAGGAUGUUUCAAGAGCACUGCUAGUUCAAUUCAGAACUUUGGAACAGAACUAGAAGGUAGGCUAAUGAGGCUGGAGAAAAUGAUGGGGAUGCAACCAAAAUGAAGAAAUCCUGGUGGUUUAUCCCCUUCUUUUUUUUUUUUUUGUUGGUUGAUGUUGUUUGGUUAUCUCUUCCUCUCUGUGGCACACUGCAGCUAAUCAAGUGAACCAAGGGCAUUGCUGGUUUGUGUUAAAAUGCUUACUUUUAAUUAAUUAUAUGUAUUUUUUGGGUAACUUAAUUAACUUUUGUCCUAUCU